AUGGCACCCAAGUAUCUCAAGUAUAUUCUAUUCUUUUUGGUUUUUCUCUCUGUUUCCGUUGUUCCUUCCCUUGCAGUUUGUUGGUCUGAUACUACCAAUUGUCAGGCUGGCGAUGGUAAUUGUCCAAGUCAAGACUGUAACGCCAUGGGGUUUUCUAAUGGUAAUUUUUGUUUCUGUAACAACGGCACGUCCCCCUCAUGCAAUUAUAAUACCGCUUGCGUAUGCUCUUCAUUUAGCGAGCAAGGUCAAUACUGUGGUGGUGAAAUUGGUGGCCCAGAUUGCAACGUCACUCAUGUCUAUGAAUGCCAUGCUAAUGGUACUAGUAGUUGUGAUUAUGGUGUGCGCGACUCCUGUGUACAAUGUGGGGCUUGGCAUUGUUGA